CGGCCUCGAUGACGGAAUGCGUGAAAUUUUAAGAUGGUGAUGAGCAGUGUUUUAUUAAUUUUACAUAUAAAAUUGGAUAUUGGUGUACUAUAUUCUUGAUGAUAUAAUCAGAAUGUGUCCAAUGGUAUGAGUAAUAAGACAUUAGUACCUUUUCUUUUGGCGUAGUAGAUUCAAAGUGUUGAACGUGUUUAGUUGGAUCAUUGACAUUGUUUCGUUAUAAAUUUUUGUACCAUCGUGAUUGUUAUGUUUAUGGGAGUAUUAUGUGCUUUUGUAAUGCCCAGUCGAUGGAUUAGGCGUUUCUGAUGUUUUCGAAGUCAUGGAGAGGCAGGAACGUACAUAUGCCAACAUGGAGGCCACAGACACUGUGGACACCAAACAGUCAAAGCAGCGAGCGUCGAUAAAAUGGCUGUUGUCGAAGGCAUUCAACAACCGGGUACCGGAGAAUCUUCAGGAGCCAUUCUACAGGGAUCACGAGGAUCAGGAGCAUUUGAAACCGCCGAUUGUCGGUGGGCUGGCCAACGCGGAGCUGUACUGCCUCGCGUUGGCCAACAUGUACUCCGAUCCCAACUACCACAACCUCAACCACUGGAACAUCCUGCAGACGUUGUCGAGGAAGGGCGUCCAAGUGCCCGACCCGCCGGACUGUGCGCUCACCGAGACUGUGCUCAUACAAACGAAUCCACUUAAAAUGGGUGCACAUUUGACUGUGAUAGAAGCUGUGAUGAUGCUAUACGCGCGGGAAGUGGUGACGUUAGACCGCGUGUCAGCGGCAGCGCAACGCUUCGGCACUAGUCAGCCGCUGCCCGUCGGCUCCAGCAUUCCUCACGAAGAUGGUCUGCUCUGUUGGAUCAAUGCUGCAUGCGCAGCGCUUAACAAGGCUGAGGAGAACACAUCGUCACACGUGCCGAUGGUGAAAAGUCUCCAAGACCUGUGCGACGGCACCGCACUGGCCGCCCUCAUCUCGUUCUACUGCCCCGAGGCUCUCCCGCGGUCGGCGGUGCGCGUGGGACGCAUGGCCUCCAUACAAGACUGCCUGCAUAAUCUCAUGCUGGUGUACGAGUUCUGUCAGAACAGUCUACCUCACAACAUAUUCCACAUGAUGCCAGAGGACGUUACGUAUAUGCGAGGGUCAAUGCGUCAAAAUUUAAUAGCGAUGCUCGCGGAUCUUUUCAAUAUGUUAGAAGUACAUCCUGUCAAAUCGGUUAAAUAUCCAGGAAGCGCGAGCGAGGAGUGCAACGCGCACGGCGUGCGGCACAGACGCUGUCUGCCGCCGCCGCCGCCGCAGCCCAUCCCCGAGCUGCGCGCCGCGCCGCACGCGCCGUCGCACGCGCCGCCCUUCGCAGUGUCGCGCUCGCCGUCGGCGUGCGGCGUGCGCGCGCGCGGCGCGGCCAGCCGCUCGUCGUGCUCCACGCCCGAGCGCCGCAGCUGCAGCCCGCAGCGGGACGACUUCGUGGUGCACAGCCGCAAGGCCAUCACCACGCUCUCCGCCAUGGCGCGGCGGGACGACGAGAUGUUCGCGGAGCACGUGACGGCGGCGGGGCGGCCGUCCAACUGGGCGGAGUCUCGCGAGAGCAGCUUCGCGGGGCGGCGCUCGCGGCGCUCGUCCGUGACGGACGACAGCCAGCUCACGGUGGAGAACUUCGGCGGCUCGCAGGACCGGCUGCACUUCGCGGGCCGCAACCCGGAGAAGGAGCUCGCCACGCUCGCCAACGUCCGCAAGAUAUCCGCGCCCGCCGGCCCACUAGACUAUAAUCCGCCUCUUCGUUCCUCUCGGCAAGACAUUCGCGGCUCCAUUCAAUUUUUCCACGGGGACUACCAGAACGGUUCCCAGGACGAGCGACAGAAGGUUGAGCGUCAGCAGUCGCAGCCGCAGACCGCGGAUCCUCCCUUCCACCCCAUCAAGCGACAGCUCAGCAGCGAUACAAUUAAUCUCUCACAGAACUUCGGGUUCAACCAUAAGGGCGGUGGGGAUGGGUUUUAUUUAAACGAACGGGACGCCCCGGAUGGUGACGUCACAAAAACAAGCUUCGCGGAUCUCAAUAAAAUUAGGAAUAACGGUGAUCAGACAGGGCCGGGCACGCCGGAGCGCCGCAAGACGUCGUUCUCGACGCCCCCGCCCAGCACCACCACGUGGCAGCAGCACUUCCUGCAGCACGAGACCCAGCCCAACGGCGACGAGGCGGCGGCGGAGGAGGCGGCGGGCGGCGGCCAGGCCAUGGCGGCGCAGCUCAACAACAUCCGCCUCAAGCUGGAGGAGAAGCGGCGCCGCAUCGAGCAGGACAAGCGCCGCAUGGAGCUGGCCGUCAGCCGCCAGCGCCAGCAGCUCGGCCAGCAGGCCUUCCUGCAGGCCGUCACGCGGGGCAAGGGCGCGCGCACGCCGGCCGACGAGCAGGACGCCGCGCAGGAAAUGGUCGUUGAAGCGCCAAAUCAAGCUGCGGAAAACGCAGCGAUGGAACAGUAUCAGCAAUCGAUAGCAAAAAUGAACUCCAGCCUGCAGGAUAUACAGAGUGACAUCGCGAGGCUCGCCACUCAACAAAGCCAGCUACAGCAACAGCAACAGCAGCAGCAACAGCAGCAACAAAAUCAGCAGCUGCAGCAGCAGCUGCAACAGCAGCAGCAACAAUUGCAACAGCAACAACAACAGUUGCAGCAGCAGCAACAGCAAGCGAAGCAAAUGUUCCAACAGCAUCAGCCACCUCAAUCCCCCUUCCAGCAACAGUAUCAAAACAUUCAACCAAACAUUCCUCAGCUGCACAGCCAAUUCAGCUCACAGCACAAUGUGUCGCGGCCGAUCAACGCGUUCGGGUCCACGCCGCACCUCCCGCGCGACUUCUACAACUACGAGGCGAGCCAGACGGGCCCGCCCGCCGGGCAGCAGGUCGGCCAGCCGGGUGGCCCGCAUGGCGGCCAGCAGAAUUUCCAAUAUCAGUACAGGGAUAUAGAACAAGAUUUCGGUCGGCAGCAGUUCUACUUGCACGACAGUCCGGCGCCCCCGCAGCGACGCACGUGGGCGCAGCACGCGCAGCUGCAGCAGGAGAACGAGCUCCGGGGCUGGCAGCUACAUCAGCAGAACCAUCAGCAGAACCAGUACCAGCCACCGCAACCCGAACCGGCGCAGAGGACAUGGAAAUCUCCCUCGCCUCAACCUCCUCCCGAAAAAAACUGGAAUCCGCAGGGCUUCGUCUUACAUGAGAGGGCGAACCAGCCUUUCCAGGUUCACUACAAUACUGACCGGUACCAGAACGGCACCGAAAACGUUCGAGAAACGCAAAACCAUUUGAGCUAUACUGUGAUAAACCCUAACCAAUACUCAUCGCAAUCACCGCCGCUAUCGAGUCCGCGACGUUCGAGGACUCCCCAGCGCCAGGGAUCCCUACCAGAGGCUCGGCGGCCCGAGCCAGUAGGGCUGCACCAGCUACACUCGCCACAUCCGCCGCAGUAUGCGAGUCAAACUCAUCAGUCGCACCAAACGCAUCAGACGCAUCAAUCUAAUCAGACGCAUCAACCACAGCAGACGCAUCAACCUCACCAGGCACUCCAGGCGCAAAACUCCGUCCCGGCGCCUCCCGACGACAUGGAGCCCCAGAACAUAUCUUUCAUCGGCAACGCCGAGGACGACGCGCUCCGGCAGGGCAUCAAUAGACUGAACAUCUCGUCCGGCACGCGGACCUACCGGAUCCCGUCCCCGACGAGGCCCUCGCUCGGCCGGAACUCGUUCCAACGCCUCGAUGAGCCCGCUGAGACUAACGAGAAGGGUUUCUACAUUUCGUUCGACAACGAGCAACCGAAACGACCGAAGCCGCCGCUGCGGGCCAAGCGGGGCUCCCCGCGGAAGGAGCGCUCCGAGUUCGCGAGUCCCGAGCGCAGUCCUGAGAGCACGUGGAGCGACGACCGGCACGACGACAGGCGAGACGACCGGCGAGACGACCGGCGAGACGACCGGCGAGACGACCGGCGAGACGACCGGCGAGACGACCGGCGAGACGACCGGCGAGACGACCGGCGAGACGACAGACGCGACGACAGACGCGAAGAGCGGAGCGACGAGCGCCGCGAGACGCCUCGAACGGAGGCGCCGCGCGAGCGAGCGCGCCCGCCUAGUGCCGAGCCCGCCGCGCUCGUCAUCGGCGAGCUCAACCCUGACCCCAAUUCCGCCGAGGAAAUGGAGCGCAAAAAGGAGCGCAUCAUGCUGCUGUCGCUGCAGCGACGCCAGCGGGCGGACGAGGCGCGCGCGCGGGCCGAGGCGGCGGCGGCGGCGCGGCGCGCGCGGGACGAGGCCGAGGCGGAGAUGAAGGCGGCGCGCAAGGAGGAGCAGGCGCGGCGGCGGCAGGCCAUCCUCGCGCAGUACAAGCUCAAGAAGGCCGUCGAGGAGGCCGAGCGGGAGGGCAAGGUGUUCGACAAGUCGGAGUUCCUGGACACGCUGUCGCGCGGCGGCAUGCACGUGGGCGCUGCGAGCGGCCCGCCCACCAGCGGGGCGCGGUUGCGGGGCAAGCUGCCGACGCGUGCGAGGCCCAAGACCAUCCACGUGGACAGCGGCGCGCUGCAGGCCGCCGAGGGCAUGCUGGCGGGCAAGCAGCCCUCCGCCACCAACCUCACCGGCACCAUGCGACGUGACUACUACCGCGGAUCGCAGGACAACCUCGCCGAGAGGGCUGCCCUCUACAGAGAGUCGCCGGUGGAGGAGCGCGGCGGCGUGUCGCCCGGCAGCGCGUCCAGCGGGCUGGGCCGGCGCGGCUCCUGCAAGACCUCGCGAGGAAACAUUUCAGAGCGUGUGAAUGAUGAACCACAGUCGACACGUGGAAGGUCUAAAUAUUCCACUUACCAGAAUAACUUUAAGGCGGGGAGGAAAUCUAGCUCUCUUAUGAACUUGUGCGACUCGGGGCUGGGCCGCGCCACGCCGCCGCGCCGCGCCGCGUCGCCCGGCCUGCGCGCGCUGGGCUCGCCGGCGUCGGGGCCCGGCUCGCUGCCCGGCGCGCUGCCCGGCGCCAUCGGCAAGCGGCGCCACGACGACUCCUCCGACGUGUCCUCCACGCACUCCUCCAUCAUGGACUACUCCGGUCCGAGAUUAUACAAACAGCCAGCGACGAAAUCGAAUCGCGGGAUAAUGCUGAACGCGGUGGAGUACUGCGUGUUCCCGGGCGCCGUCAACGCCGAGGCGAAGCGUCGCGUGCUCGAGGAGGUCGCGCGCUCCGAGAGCAAGCACUUCCUCGUGCUGUUCCGCGACGCCGGCUGCCAGUUCCGGGCGCUCUACAGCUACUGCCCCGACAGCGACACCGUGGCCAAGCUGUACGGCACGGGGCCCAAGCACGUCAACGACCGCAUGUUCGACAAGUUCUUCAAAUACAAUUCGGGAAGUAAAUGUUUCUCUCAAGUUCAUACGAAACAUCUCACUGUCACGAUCGACGCAUUCACGAUACACAACUCGCUGUGGCAGGGCAAGAAGGUGCAACUUCCCAGCAAGAAGGACAUGGCUCUCGUCAUAUAGAGAAGGGCGCGCACGACGCGAAGUCGACCCUUGUCUUCGCCCAAGUCACGCCGGUGUCGUCGCGGCCCAAUCGCGUCGCAGGCCGUCACGCCGACACUUAUUGCAUUUCCAAACCUGCUACGUGAUUGGUCCGACGACAGGUGACGACCGAGUCGGUCGACGUAACUAAUUAAAGAGUCCACGAUUUCUAGUCGCAGGCGGCGUCGAGUCGAGCCUUAUUACUCUUCAGUUUAAAACGCUUCGGUAGCGAUUAAAGCCAGUGUUGUAUUCUCGGUUAGUGCAUUUCGCGAGGUGAGAAACGUUAAUUUAAUGUACUAUAGAGGUUGUUGACUGCAUUUACUAUGUCUUAAUGAUCACAGAUUAAACAAACUAAUUUUAAUCUAUGCCACUAAGACGGCCCGUGAAUGCAGCGUGUGGUGUGUUGUCGGCCGGAGUUAUGUUCGAUAACCGGUAACGUAACUGUUUUAGUAAGUCAUUUGCGACGUUCUUCAACAUUAUGCGAUAGCGAAUGAGGUCUGUGUCAUAUUGUACAGUUAGAAUGGAUAGGAGGGUCGAAAACUCGAAGAUUGGAAGAAACUCGUAGCCUAACUGGAAUGUUAUAGAAAUCUUAAAAUAUAUUGGCUUUAAGGCGUUGUUUACGAUUUUAACGUGUUUUAGCGUAUUCAUUGCUUAGGUAAAAUGCAUUGGCUUUAAUAAAAUGUAUGUUAAAACGUGCGACACACGUUCUAGUUAGGUUAUGAGUCUGAUGAUGGCGGUUAUGUGUAUCGAAUGGUCCGAAAAGCGUUUUGUUUUUAUUUUACGUGAGUUACGUUUGAUUUAGGUUUCGUUUUCACUCUUUAAAAAGAAAUCAUUAAAUUAGUAAUUUCGAAAGUUACAAAAAUAUAUCAAUUUUUUUACAGACUUAAUAUGUGAUAUAGGCUGAGAAGUAUAAAACGUAUACCAAUUUUUAAUGUAAGCAAAAUAAGUUUAUAAUUGAGACGUGACUUUCGAAAUGACUAUAAAAUCCACUCAGCAGUGGCCAGUCGUACCAUAAACUUUUCACACUGGUGUACAAAUGAAUAUAAAAGAUAACCAUACAUAUAACGAGUCUUAAAGUACUAAUUAAUAAGAAUCAUAAUAUGACUAUUAUUUUAAGUGAUUUAUUUUAACAUCGAUUUUCUUGGUUUAUUUUUAGUUUUUUUUUAACGAUCUUUUGGGGUCCAAAUUUGUACACGAGUGUGACAAAGCGCUCACACGUUUGUUUAGUUCGAUACAAAGGGAUCAUUGUACGCGAUGUUGCCAUAUGUAUUAGUGAGAUGGUCGAUACGUUCCAGUGAUUUCUCUCAAAUGAUGUACCAGCUAGGAUCAGAGUCAGUUGUAAUGCUCUUAGAUAAAUCAAUUUGAUAACUCUCACGAGCGCGACGGGCUCAAUUUUGACGUUUGUAUAUUUUAUUCACUGCCAUUUUGUUAUAAUACUCAAUUUUAAAAAGCAGUUUUAUACGCGAAGUAUCUGGAACGUUGUUUGGUAAUUCUCGAUUAGUGACUAAGAUUUUAAAAUGUUGUUAUAAACAUUCCUUGGCGCCAAAGGUUAGGGGAAUAACCAGAUAGCCGUCGUUUAAAAUACUAGCUCGUAUCAGAAGAUUUUUAUACAACCGAGUUUCAUGGAAAAGCGAUGAAUACGAAUCCUCGAACGUCAAAAUAUUCACGGAUGUGUGAGAGUUAUCAAAUAAUAAGCAAUGCCUUGUUAUAUCUCUUAAGAAAAUAACAAAUUCACAAACUAAUCUUUGCUUACUCGUAAUAUGUAACUUGUUAGUGAUUAUUUCAAUUGACUGGAGUUAUGAUUAAGAUAAUGAAUAUUCGUUUAAAUGACCUUCAUUUAUGUUAAUUAAAAUCCGAUUUUUUACUGCUUGUAUAGCUAAAAUAAGACAAGGCACAUUUUACGUGGUAAUUGUACUGCCUUAUUCUGUAAAUAAUUGUUUUCUUUUUUGUAUACAGCUAUUUAUUAAAACGAUGUUAAACGAAAAAUUGAUGAAUAUCAUUUUUCAUUGUUCAAUGAUUGGUCAUCAAUUAUAUACUACCGAUAGUGUAUGGUAUGCAAAUAUAUUGUAUUAUUAAAAAGCA